CUCAAGGUUGCUGCUCUCCAUAACACGUCUUGUCUCCUAGACAUCCCGCGGAGACAGACGUUCUCGUCCUCAUCGCCAUCCCACCAUCAACACCGCCACUGCGAUCAGAUCCUUGUCGGCAUUGGACGGCGGCACGGCUGGCUCAAUCUAUCUCGCGCCUGAGACGCCGAGGUCAAAGCGCUCCGCUGUCCCGCCUCUGCCUCCGCGGUCCCUCAAGCCUCCUCACCUUUCAGCUGGCCUGUGUAGAGAGCCUCCAUUUCUCUCAUCUGGCCACACACGGCCACCGGAUCAUCGAGCUCGCACAGCUCGUCGCACCAGACCUUUUAACAUGGCCGGCGACUCAGCAGUAGCAGUAUCAGCAUCAGCAGCAGAUGAGACGGCAACAUCAAACGCACAGCCUCCUGCACCACCGCCGCCGCCGCUAGUGCGCAAUGCUUCCUUCCUCUCCGAGGAGCCAUCAUCAUCAUCGUCUGCCUCGUCCGUCGUCAGCAGCUCUCGCGCACGUAGACCAUCAUCAUCCUCGACAGCAACUGUGGGCAGUCGUCGCAGACCAUCUCGUACACAGCUAGGCGACCCUCCUUCCUCUCCAGGCGGGUCACCCAGGCCGUCAUCACGCAAGACGAUCCUUCGCGGUACUCUACAGGCCACCGUCCAAGAUCGAGAUCGGGAGGCGACAAUUAGCAGUCGUUCUGACUCUCAAGAGUCAGGCACAUCGUCCUUCUUCGAGUCAGAAGGUGCUCAGCGUAGUCGGUCCGGUUCAGGUCGGCCGCUAGCAGAGGCAUCGUCUCCGAGAUCACCGAUGACAGCAUUGUGGGAGGCCAACAACGCUCAUGGCUCGCCCGUCACGUGGACGUCCUCACGACGUCCUUCAGCUGCGAGCAGUGGUGGGGCGAGCAGAGGAUCGGGCAGGAGGAGAGGUAGCAACGCAGCAGGUGCGAGUAGCAGCGCGGCUGAGGACGACGGCGAGAAUCCUCCACCACCACCGAUCCCAACCAAACAGCUAGGUCGAGAUCGCAUGGCAUCGGCCUCUUCAUCCACAUCGUCGCUAACGAGGCGGCGUGCAGCUGACCUCGAAGCUGCAAGCACGGAUAGCUCCAAUGGCUUCUUGAUGGCGCCUCCGCCUACUAUGAUGGGCAGAAUGCGCUCAAAAACGUCUCGCGAGAACGUAUCAGAGGCAGUCGAUCGGCAUCCGAGGGCGUCAGAGCCCGUCCCAUCGUCGAGUACGUUGGGCAAGCUCUUUGGCGGGCUGAGAAAGUCGAAGAAUACUCCGCGGGACGACAGUACGCCGAGCGGCGGCGAUGGCGACGGCCCUGAUUUUGCUGCCGCUGCCGCCGAUGCUUCAUCUCGACCCGGUCUUGCGACGGCCGGAGGCGUUGAUGAAGCGCGGACGAUGUCGUCGUCGGGACCACCUCGGAUGCCAGAUUACCAACCACCGCCUCCGCCGACGGCUAAUCUUCAAUCACUCCUCUCACUUCCAUCUCACCCCUACGCCAACAGUCGCCUCCCACCCACCUCUAGCCAAGGUCAAGGCAGGGCUGAGCUGAAGCAAGAGGCCUACUCCGAAGCGCCACGAGCAGAUGGAAUGCCAGGCGCGGAUCUUGACUGGACCACGACGACGCCUACGCCCACCAACGCUUCCUUUGCCGUCACAGGCCCCUCGCAAUCACCUGCCGGUUCACCCCACGCUGCUUCACCUUCGGUUGCAGCUGAGCCUCCAUCUCCAUCACAGUCAUCUUCGCCGCCGACAAUGAAGCGAGCAGGCAGCUGGCCGCCUCGCGGCGACAAAAAGCCAGGCAGCUUCGUAACGCUCCAGAAUGGCCAAUCACGCGGCGUCGGCGGCUCUCGUUUUCAAAAUGCGGCAAGUCGACCCCCGCGUACUCCGAGCCCCAACACCAUUGCAAUGGCCCAGAGCUCAGAAUCUGCUCCCCUUCCUCAACCGUUCACCAUGUCGAUAUCCAACUCUGCAUCUUCUGACAUGACAUCGACGACCGCAGGGACCAGCACCUCAGGGGCAGCCCAGACGUACGAUGCGGCAACCUUGCCCGCUCUUGAGCAGGAUGACGGCGUUCAGCCUCAGUCGCCUGCGUCAAUCGCUGCUAGAGAGGAGCGUUGCAGAAUAAGGCGAGAACGCAAAUCGCUCAGAAGCAGACCGCAGAGCGGGCAAAGCAGCUCGUCAUGGCACAUACCGCUUCCUCGGAGCAGCAGUCUGCGCUCUUACGACGGCGAGACAGGGCCAUUCCCUACUCCACCCCCUCGCUCCAGCUCAUCAGGCAUGCAAGAGUUUGACUUUAGCGGCAGCUACGGGGCUGGCGAAGCAUCUACUAGCCCAAGGCAGAUGCUGAGCGUCGACCAACCUUCCCCUUUGCCGUCUCCAAGGUCACUACCACGAGCGGCUCCGGCGUCACCUCGAGCGGCACCAUACGGAGUAGGAGGCGGAAGCGUUGCCAAGCUGGCGUCGAAGUUCGGAGGUACGACCAGACAGCAGAUGCCUCGAGGAUCGCCAGAAGCCAAGCAGAGCGCGUCUAGCUACUUUGAGCGGCUCACACGCUACCGUAGCUCCUCGAAUGCAUCAAACACCAGCAGGAGGCCUCCAAGUGGCCUGGGCGAGUCACUGUCAUCUGCAGAAGUCGCAGCCUGGGUCACCACCGCCAAUGGUCAGCGAACAGCAUCGACCUCGGUCUCCACUGCCUCGUCAGACGUUGCAUUGCGAGAGCGUGCCCCAUCAACCGUUUCCGUCUACGAGGAUGCACCUCAAACGCUGGCCAACACAUCAAAGGACCGAGUACUGUCCUCCAUCGAAGACGAUGCCGACGCCGACCCAACGUCUGAAUCAGUCGCAACAGAAUCCUCUCACCCGCCGGUCAUGUCCAGUGACUCGGCAGCUUCUGCCAUCAGCAACCCUCCGAAUCGACCCACGAAAAGCUCGCGACGACCAGGGACGGCGCAGACGCUGGAGAAUGUUGAGCGGUGCAACUCGUCUCGACCCUCUUCGUCCGCCAUCCCAGCUCAAGGUUCGUCCAUCAACGAGGAAGGCUCGCACGGAGUUUCAGCUGCGCCUGCAGGCCCGUCGACCUCGCCCUCAGCGCUCGGUGUAAGUCCUCUGAGGAAUAGCGUCGAGAUGGCUGCGAGGAUGGGCGGGACGUUUGACAUGUCGCAGCAGCAUGCCAAAGCUGGUGGAGCAAACGGACUCGCUGAGCCGCUUGUCUUGUCAAAUAGCCGCAAUCGCAGCGAGUCAGAGGGCAGCGCGCUCAAGGAGGAGCAUGGCGGAGAUGAGGCGGAUGAACACGGUGAGGAAGAGGACGAGGAUGGCGAUGAGAUUGGGCAUGAUGUCGGAGACGGCGAGGACGCGACUGCUCGACUCGAGGUGCCGUCCACGCCUGGCCGUCGAAGAGCUUCGCUUGCCACCAGAGCCAAGAAUCUGCGCAAAGUCACGCCUCCUGCGUUGGCGAGCGCUUUUCGACAGCGAAAAGCUUCGGCUCCUGGUGAGGGCACGCUGAAGGGGAAGAAGUGGCCAUUUGGCGGAACAAAGGAUGAUGGUUCGGAGGGCGAAGAGGACUCAAAGCAGCAGCAGGCUCGGUUAGGACGGGCGAGCGUGCGCAAGAAGAAGGAUGCCACGCCAGCAAGACCGACAAUUAGGAGAAUCUACGACGACCAGACGGGCUCUCCCCUCUCCCCUGCGCGCGAGCAUCUCUCCCUCCUUGCGCAGAAGCCAUCCAUCGCGUCAUUCCAGAGCGCGACUUCUUCGUCGCAAGACGUUGCAAGCAUUGACCGAGGCAGCGAUCUCAACUCGCCCGUCGUACCCUCUCCUGUCAUGGGAGGCCGUGUUAGGACGCCACCAACCGCAUGGACCAAGGGUGAGCUCGACGAAGACAUGAAGCGUAUCCUCAAGCGCCGCAACGUCAUCCGCGAGCUCGUCCACACUGAGCGAAGCUACGCAUCAGACCUCACGGUCAUUCGCGACAUCUAUUUGUCCCGCGCUCGGGCACGGGUCGGAGCAUGGCCGUCGGCAUCGCCCGGCACGCCUUGGUCAGGCUUCAGCGCUACUGGCUCGCCUCUACACCAUCCAGCUUCCGCCACGUCGUCGAGCAGCUACCUGCCAUACCGAAAUGCGGCUGCCUCUCGCAGCUACUUCCGCAGCGCAUCAGGCGAGGUCGCUCUGAGCGCCUACCAGGGCACAACGCCCUCGCCGGGUCUGCAUCGAAAGGCUUCAUCGCCUGCUAUGGCUACGCCGCCCAUGCACUUUGAUACUAAGCUGCACCCGCUGCCUUCUCCUGCUCCCUCUGGCUCGAUCAGCAAUCGCUCAUCCGUUGUCACGUCUGGCUCCAAGUCGAAGGACGAGUCAGUCAGCUCAGACGCGACGAGGUCGAGCUCCAGACCUACCGAUGCUUCCAAGAGCGGAGGCGAGGAGAGGACUUCUGUGAGCACGAGGUACAGCGAGAGCGGCACGACGCCAGGAGUACCAGCAACGCCACCGAUGCCGACCAUUACCACCUCGACUUCGACGACCUCCACAUUCCAGGAUGCACACGGCCACAUGAGCUCCCUCAUCUCUCAAGGCGCUGCAAGCAGGACCAGCGGCGGCGGCACAGGCGGCAUCAUUGGCGGCGAUGGCACUCCUCCGGCCGGCGGGAGACCAGCAGUCACCAUCGACACUCGCUCCUCAGCCUCAACGCCAGCUGGCGCUCUCAGCAGCAACAGCAGCGAUGCCCCUCUGAGCCAUUCUGACAUCCGCGUCAUCUUCACGGGCGUCGAAGCCUGCACAGCCUUCGCAGACGAGAUGACUUGUCUCCUUGAGGCAUCGAUGGGUACUCUCGCCGCCAACUCUCUGCCGUCCGAAGCAGCAGACCUCGAAGACAGCAACGAUGAUACCAUCGGUUUGGCCUUCCGGCAGCUGGCCUCCCGUAUCCAAGCAGUGUACGGCGCGUACUGCUCGAAGCAUGAGGCCUCCAUCACCCGCCUGCGGGACGUGGCUUCCACCUCUUCGCGAGCAGCGCAGUUUUUAAAGGAAUGCACGGCCGUUGCGCGACGCAGGACGAAUGCGUGGGACCUGGCCUCGCUCCUGAUCAAGCCCGUGCAGCGCAUGCUGAAGUAUCCGCUGCUGCUCAAGCAGAUCCUCGCGGCCACACCUAGUACGCAUCCGGACUACGAGAAUCUCGUGAUGGCGAUUGAAGAGAUCCAACGCGUGGCGGACUCGAUCAAUGAGCUGAACAGGAGGCGCGAGAUCAUCACGCAGAUCAUUGGUGGCGGAAAAGCGAGGGACGUCGCUGGAAACGGAGGUGCUUUGGGUAGUGCGAGCAGCCCAGGAGUCGAAGGCAGCAGCGGUGCGCAGACACCAGGUGGCAUGACCAGAAGCCUCACGCGCAACAAGCUCAAUGCGUCCAAGACGCUUCGCCGCAACAAGGCUUCAGGCUCGACGCCGACGGUUGCGACAGACCUGGCUGCAGUGGGCACCAACGUGCUAGAGUCGCCCGACUUGCCGCGGCUACUUGCCUCCUUCAACUCGCUGCAAGGAGGCAUUGAUCGCCUGGCUACUGAGUACAGUCGCUGGCCCACUCUCCUCAGGGCUUCAAUCCUCAGCCAACUCGACCUCCUCGCCGCAUGGAAGAACGUCUAUGUGACUGAGACGGAGCACCUUACUGCUUUCGGCGCCCUCUGUCAGGAGAUGCUCGAGGGACCACUCCCCAAGCUAGAUCGUGCCGUUCAACUCACCCUUCUGCCACCAUUGGAGAAGGUGCGCGGCAUCUUCUCUGGCCCACGGGAAGUGCUCAUGCGCAGGGAGGAAAGAGAAGAGGACUACAUCCGAUAUCGCACCUUGCUACUUGCCAAGGGGGAGCAGGGCAUGAGAGCCACGUCGUUGGACAAGGAGCAUCGUCGUCUUGUCGAGUCUGCCAAUGGCUUUGCGGCGCUGCACCUUCACCUGGUCGAUGAGCUGCCGGAGUUCCUUCACGGGGUGGAGUGCAUGGUAGAUCUGCUCAUUGCAGCAUUUGCGCGCAUCCAAGCAGAGUACCUCGGGAGCGUCAAGACGCUAAUGGGCGGUUUCCUCGAGGCACGAGGCGACAACAGCACCAGUGUACCGCCCGUCACUACGCCCUCGGGCGAAGCGGCCUCGACCGCCAGCCACGGCUCGAACGGCACGGUCGCCUCCUCGCGCGAGAAGACGGCGAAUAUCGUCCGGACGUGGUGGACUGCCCACCAGGUGUGGGCUACCCAGCUCGAGGGGCUCAAGGUCUGCCAGCCAAACGGCGAGACAGGUCGCAGGCCCUCCGCGUCGCCGUCGCUGGAGCGAUCUCCCUUGCCAAGCGACAUGAACAAGGCAGCCUCCUCCUACUCCCUCGACAAGCGCAGCGGUGGGGUCGGCGGACUCGCUGGAGCUGUGAUGACCGGCUCUCCCGCCAACUCGCAACGCUCUUUGCCACGAGUCAGCGAUGGGGGCAGCAGUCAGCCUGGCGCUUCACACCACUCCAACGAUGCGCAUCCCCCGCCAGCCAUGCCUCCCUCGACCUCCUCCGGCUCCGUCAACCACGAGAUGGGUUCGACUACUUCUUCUUCUUACCUCGCGCCGCACCCGCAGCAGGUCCCUACACCCGGUCGACGAAGCCUCAAUAGCUCUCAGGGAAGUGGAGGGUCUCGCAGGCCCAGUGGCAGUCCCAGUGGCGGUGGCACGCUCGACGUGGCUGCUAUGCCUGCCUCCGCUUCCAACAACCCAUCCCCCGCAGGCAGCAGAAAGGGAAGCAUCUUCCGGUCCCUCUCAGGUACGAUCCGCGGCGUCGGGUCCAGCUCUACUCACUCAGACACGGAUACCCCUCCAAGACCGGAGUCGCCAUUGCCUCCUGUCCCACCGCUUCCAGGCAAGGUGGCAGGAAACGGUAGCCCGGCUGUCCCGCCGAAGGAUCAUGGUGGAAGCUUGGCUCCGAUGCUGCCCUCGCUUGAUCUUGGCGAAGGAGAUUGGAGUCCAGAGGUGACAGCGAAGGGACUCGAGCCGAUGGGAGGUGGGCCUGCAGAUGGACGCUGAUGAUGAUGACGGAGUUGCAACUUUUCAAGCUCCCAAAGGAGCACCGCUUCUGGUAUACCCACUCGCUGGUCUGUUUCAUUCCCUCGCUCUCAUGCAAGUCUCGAGCAAUCGCACCAUAUCAUCUGCCGAUAAGCAGAUCGCAGCCAUGCAGACAAGAUGCAGGAGCUAAGCUGUCCUGCCCUUCACCUUCCUCGACCAUCGUAUCCCCCGGCCAUAGUAGUAGACCAUAUCCCCAGGCAUCAGCCAGCCCAACGAACUGGACAUCCUCGCUCGCUGGCUAUAAUAUAGCUUGUCGCUCGGCUCUGCCUCCAUAGUUACAUUUUCUCUCCCUCAGCUUUAGUCUCGCGCUUGUUCUGGGCCGCUGCUCAUCUUGGGUUAUUGCAAUGUCAUCAUGAUGUCACGA